CAGCAUUGUGCCCCAAUGGCAGCCCCGACAGCUGUCGUCAACGGCCUAGACGUGGGCAGGCAGAACACCGUUGUACCUUGAAGAGAUGGCGCAACUCUUUGAUGAGGGCGAAGCGCAGACGAUGGUGACCACGGGGAACGCAAAGACGGGGUGUCGAAACUCCGACAACUGGUGCGCAGGAGCUUCUGAGGGGGAGGCGACAGGAGCUAAAAAGAAAGGUGUCAUCGACAUCGACGCGGCAUACUUCCUGGAAUGGAAAAACGGCGUGCGAACAAAGCGGGAGUUCGCCAUUAACCCGUCGCAAGUCGUCGACAUCGGCGAGUGGGAGGCGGCAUACAACCAGCGUUCCUUGGAUCCCGUGCAAAUACAGGCCAUUAUUGACGCAAUGACGACGGCCUACUCUCAGACCGAGAAGACUUACGAGCUGCCGACACUAAAGCUCGCGCCUCUCGGGCUGGUUAAACCGACGCCCGGGGUGCGGGCGGAUCGUCUGAAGCCGGAGGACUGGGAGGACAUGCUGGCAGGGCAAUACUCCUACUACGCUGUGGCGGGCCAGCAUAACGCGGCUGCGGCCAGGGCGCUGCUUGGCACCGAUGUGGCGGUGAGGUACAACUUCGAGCGCUGGCCUGCACGAAUGGUGUACUUCUCAAACGAGGACUUUGAGGGGUACUUUCUGGUCAGCGCUGAGGACAACAAGAAAGACCUGAAGGCCCCUCCGAGACAGCUGAAACUCUCCAUGAGAGACAUUCGGUGGUGUUGGAAGGAAUUGGGUUACCCGAAAGCUGUUAUGGGUAACCCCAGUGGGAAACAGGCGCAGGUGGAGGCAUGGCGAAGAUUUUGUGCGGAGGCACUCCACAGGACGUCGUACAAUCACUUGUGGACUCUCGCCGAUGACAAGACCGAGCAAGGAAUCAAGAAACAGAACGCUGCCCUUCGAUCCUAUUUCCCGCUCGCAAUGGCAGGGAAAAGCGCAUGGGAAACCGGGAUGGAAUUUUUCGAGAGAUGGGAAACGGGCAGACUGCUGGCACCGGAAGGAGCGAAGUGGAUCGCGAAGAAGGAGAAGGUGCAGGGCCUCAAGCCAGGUGUGAGCCACAUCGAAAAUGAGAAGGACGGGCGAAAGGUGGUCGUCUACAAUGUCCCCGUCGAAGGGCCACAAAAGAAAGGCAAGAAGGAAAAAGAGCCAGGCGACUGGUUCGUCCAGGUCACCAAGACGGAUCCGCACUGCUGGAAGAGCAUGGAGGCCCUUACCGACAAUGAGAAAUACCGGUUGUUGAAGAAGGUUCUCAACUGCGAGGUGGUCUGGGUGCAGACAGGGUCCUCCGCGUUGGAGAAGCAAGGGAAGUUGGGGAUGCACGAGGCAGUGCAACUGGUGAAGUGCGAUCGCAUAUUGGUGCGGUUGUGGAACUACUACCAGUUCAAGCAUAAGAACCGGCCAGACAGUGACUGGACCACUAAGUACCCCUUCCUGAAAAAACGAGAGGCGAUUUUGGCAAAGUUUGAACGGAAGGGGCUGGAUGCAGCGCUGUGGGAUGGGAGCAGGAAACUUGUCAGCGACUCCUCCUUGUUCAAGGACUAUCCGCCCUACAUGGGCGACGACUUGCGGGAGAACACAUCUGUUGUCUACGACGCGAGGUUGGCGGCGGGUGAUGCUGCCGCAGUGGGGGCACUUCAGAAAGUGACUCCCACUGAGAUAUCUGACAUGUCGUUCGACGCUUGUGAAUGGCCCGUCGUGAUACAUGGGCGUGAUCCCGUGGUGUACAAGGGCAUGGGGCGGAACCCCACACAAUUCGCCCAUCUGCUGGAAUUCCUUUGCAAAAAGGGGGAUGGCAUCAUGUUCCUCGGGAACGCACAAGUCGUGUGGGAGGUUUUGAAGGGUGGUCACAACGUCAUCGCGUUGGAGGGGAAUUCGGAGUGGUUGCAAUUCACGUUGGAUUUCCUGAAAACCGCAGUCAACUCGGGAGCAUACCGCUGCGAGUUCAUUACGAAGAGUGAGAAGCCGAGACGCGUUUGGGAUCCUUCGACGGACAUGUGGUUCAAGCUAAGCGCCCGGAAAAGGAGCAGGAUCUACGAGAUCUACGAGUUCCUCUUCUUGGAGAAGCGGCCUGCGAGGGGCACCGACAUCGAGUACAUGCGCCGCAAGGAACACAUGUUGGCGCUGCUAGACAACUAUCACGGCGCCACGCGCCUGAACGCGAAGAACUUCCUGGACCGACUGGAGUUAUUGUACUUUGUCGAAUCCGAGCCGGUCCUGAGGCUCGAGAGUUACGGUGCCUUGAUCGACGCCGACGAAGAGUCCCUCACUGGUGUUGUCUUCGACACCGGUGCACCUGAGGAGGAUAGCGAYACCGAGGAAAUUGACAUCGACUACCGCCUUGCUCCGGUGCUCCCAUCCUCGGCCUCCUCGUCGGCGAGUCCCUCAACAAACCGGCCUGCACAAGCGACGCCCGUGCGGAGGACCCCUAGUAAGUUGUUGGCGAGAUUGACACCUCGGCUUGCUGCGCCUCCUCCUCUGCGUCCAGGGUGUCAAGUCCCCCUGCAACAUCCUUCUUGGAAGGAUGAGAACAUCCACUUCGAAGGGCACGACCACACGCGUUCCACGGAGGCAGACUGGGGUCAUGACAUGAUUUGGCACCCGGGAACGAUCCAGCCCGCAAUUUGGAAGUGGGAGUGGGUCAUGGCCAUAGUCGACACUGACGGGGAAUGGAAGCCGUCCGAGCGCCUGGCCAAGUUCGACUACUUGGAUAUCGCGAGGAGUGUUAUGGUGGACAAAGUGACAUCAGAGAACAGCAACCUGCACCCCGCCGACCCGGCCAUCAUUGCCACUGCAGAUCGCUUGUUCCGGGAACUUCAUGACAAGCAGUGGUUGGAAAUAUCUGACGAUUUCUACGACCUCGAGACGAGCCCUUCGAAGAAAAAGGGUAGUGUGGGAGGAGGACCUCCGAGCCCCCCCGGGGCCGGAGGGGGGGGAGGCAGUGGCCACGAGGAAGGAGGUGGCGGAGGCAGUGGCCACGAGGAAGGAAGUGGCGGAGGCAGUGGCCAUACGACAUCAGGGGGAAGCGCGCCGGCAUCAUCGCCUGCCCCUGGCAGUCAGGGCAGGAUCGCGCACAGCGGCGUGGGGGAAGGGGGGGUGAACGUCACACACUCCCCAACAGCAAGGAGCGGCAAGUCGGGGAAGUUCGCCCGCAUCCGAACUUCGCAGACGGAGGACCCAGUGCCCGUGGAGGCAGCGAAGUCGAACGGCAUCCGCACUUCGACGACUCUGGAGCAGGUGGCCCUUCCCUCGUGGACUGCUUUCGACUCCUCCGGUGAAGUGGGGCGGGCCUCAUGUGCAGGGGAUCCUGUCUCCGCCGUGAAGGGCAAGUCUGCGGGCAUCCCUACCAGGGCAGACGACGUUCAGGCGAGUGUACCAGUCCAGCGGAGCUCUACAGGAGCACAGGCGUCGGAGAUGGGCGCCGCCCUGGCUGUGCGGGAGGCGACGCCGCCGGCCCUUGGACAAGGCCGAUCUGCGGAGUCACAGAGAGAGAUUGCUGGUGCAGCGCCGUCCGCCUUCCUUGCGACGAAGUCCGCCGUUAUCCGUACUUCGUCCGUGACGUGCCUGCAGUCAGAGGAGGCAAGGACGGAAGAAGGUGGUACGUCUGUUCAUACAGACGACCGCUCCUUGGGAUCCGCCUUGAUGCGGCUGCAAGGAGCCGAGUCGUGUGAGACUGACGGGGGGGAAGAAUGGGUGCAAGUCGAGGGCGGGGAAGAAGAGGGAGAAUGGGAGGAGGGGGGAGAAGGAGACGAAGGGCGAGAGAAGGAGUUGAUUACAUUGCGCGACGGGGAAGACGGUGAAGGAGGACUCAGUAUUACAGACGAGACGAGGAAAGGGUGGAUGACGGAGACGAGGAAAGGGUGGAUGACGGAGACGAGGAUGUCUGUGGGGAGACAUCUGAUUCGUUCGGUCUGGUGUACGCCAGACCAGGUGUAGGUGAUAUCGACGACGACGCGACGGCGAUGGAUAUGGAGACGCAGGUGGUUAGUGGCCUUUCCGUGGACCACAAAGA